CUAUUGUGAUAAUAUCGUAUCACGGAGCCUCUGGUGAUUCCCACCCCUAAUUGCAAGGACUCAAACUCACAAACAUGUCAUGCUAAUGAAAACUGCUAUCGUUGCACAAUAGCCAUGUGAAAGAUGUUUACCCCCGGGCGUGAUAUUUUGCAGGCACUGUAGUGCUCUUAGCCUGUGACAGCAUGAGUCUACCUGAUUUAUUUCUACCUGACUUUUUGCUGGCAAUGUGAGAACAUCAACCAUUACCCUUUUAGUUAUAAUCUCCAAGAUCUCCCUUUUGUUCUCUUUGGAGACGGAGCUAACGUCAGUCAGUUGACUGACGUUAGCUCCGUCUGCCGUGUCUGGUGGACCAACCACUGCUGGGUGACAGGAAACGUGUCACUUACUGUGUCGCCAAAGAAACCCAGUUUGUAAUAUUGUGCAUGUAAGGGCUUUCUUCAGUAGGCCGUAUGCUCAAUCACCAUUAAUUGUGUUACCUCAUUCGGCGAUAGAUAGUGACUAAAGCCUAAACCAAAGUCCAAAUACCCUUGAAAAGUGAGGAUGUGCCAAAUAUCGUUGUAAAAUGUUCUUACCUCAAUGUUCUGAAAAUCACUCUCUUGAGACAAUUUCUCUCUUUCUGUCUCACUCUGUCUUUAUGAGACAUGCCAAAGGAAAAUCCAGAUGCCCUCCCCCACUCAGAGGGGGCCAAGUGAGGACUCACUGUCCUGAGCCAGAUGAUAGCUCGCCAACUGUUGGCUGUAAAGACACAAUGUACUUCUCAUCCUCCGCUCAGUAGAGUGGGUGGCUCAACUGGCCACUGCUUAAGUCCACGAAGCCUUCCUUCAACAAUUUAGGGAUAUUUUGAAUAUACUGCAUCUUUCUUGAUGCCUGGGUGUGUUGAAAAUGGCACAUCUUCAAGUUUUCCUACACUAAAAACCAUGCAACCAGAAUUGCAGGCAUGAAAGAAUAAAAACAGAGCUCAUAGGUCUAUUUCCUCAUCAGUCAGGGAGAGAAGCCUGAAGAGGAAGUUGAGGUCUCCCGUCACAAGAACAGACUUAUUCAUGACCGUGGGGGCUUUUUGUGUGUGGCAUGCUUGCAUAGGCCUACAUACACGAGUAAUGGUCCAUUCAUGCAGGUAAUGGAAGUCUUGUGUGCAUCAUGAUAUUAUGAACUCCCGUGCUGUGAGCUACUAAUGCAUAUCAUGAAUCUAAUUGUGGUGAGACAAUGCACAGACUUGAAUCCAGCCAUGUGUGCAGGAAUAAUUUCUGCACAAACUCAGUCCAGUCCUCGUGUAUUCUGCCAGGGACUCUCUGUAAAAAACAGGAUGGAGCAGUUGCUCAGAGCAGGAACAGGUGGCUGUCAACGUGACUACAGCCAGUGAAUCACGGUGAACAGUUGCCCCCAGAGUUUGCACCACUCGCUAAUCUGCGCACACACAGAGGAAGAGAGUUUUAUCCGGGCUCACACGCCAAGAUAAAACUUCCCAUCUUCAUCGUCUCCAAACUUUGCCUGAACCCCUUUCCUCAAUCGAGCGUUCCCUCACUCUUACUCAGACGGUGGUUCGGCAGUUUGUGGGCUACAAUAGCCAUAAUCGGUGUUAUAUUUGGGCUCCUCGCGGAAGGAAAUAUGACGCUCGAGGACAGAGCGGAGCUGUCCACGCGGCCAGGGGGUCACCGCACACUGUGGGCAGUCUGGAAGGUGCGUAAAACUGGCAUUAUAACUGGCUACAUAUUAUGAUUUAAAUCACAUUAAAAUGCAUGUUGUUGUGAAGUCCUGGGUGUAUAUGUAUACUUUUUUCCACUUUUUCCACUGCUAGCAUGUUCAUAUAUUUUGAGAUAUGUUUUUCAAAUCAAGAUAUGAUUUUGUGCACAUGUUGAUACAUGGCUGCACAGGCUGUCAGAAUCACACACACACAAACACACACACACACACACACACACACGCACGCACGCACACUGUUUGCAGAAUAUUUUCAGAACUGGUAGUCACCUGAGUUCUUUUUGUCCUAGGACAAUAAUCUCCUUUAUACUCUGUGUGUGUGUGUGUAUGUGUGUGUGAGUGUGUGUGUGUGUGUGUGUGGUGUGUGUGGUGUGUGUGUGUGUGUGUGUGUUAUUUCACUGUAUCUCUAAACCCAUUUGAACAGAUUUUUUUCCAGUUUAUUAUGGCGCCUGUUCUUUGAGGGUACCAUCUGUCAUUUUGGUGAGCAGUUUGAACAGAUGCAACAGACUCUAAAAGCAACAGGUGUUGGCUGUCUGCACGCUGUGUGUAAAACACUUUGCAUAAUGGAGUCAGAAGGAUGUUUUUUUAUGUUUGUGUGUAUUUUAUGUAAGGUUUUCCUUUUGGUUAAUUGGAUGAUGCAUCAAAUAGCAUACAGGAGGUCAUGAAAAAAGUAUAAAAAUAUUUUAUUGUAUAGCGCUGUUAUGUAAGAAGAAGAACCUUUGCUGGUAUGAAAUAUUUUCAAAAAUGUACAAAGUGGAAUAUUUGAGUAAAUGUGACAAGAAAUGAGAAAGUUCACAAUCUUAGUAAAGCAUGAAGGGAGCUUAGAUCUUAUAAUGUUAACUUCUCCCACAUAUCUGUCUGCGCAUUUGUUCGUUCAGUGGAUCCUUUGUCGUACCCAUUAUUACUUUUUUCCCACUUCACUUUGCUUAUUAGCAUCUCCUUCUUCCAUAUGGAUGUUUACAUUUUGAUGCUACUAUAAAUAAGCUCCAAAAAGUAGUGUUGUGUAUCUUUAUUUCAGCUUGUCUGUCUCACUGUGUGGCAUUGUGCCCAGGUCAAUACAGUCUUGCAAACUGUGCUCACCAAAAUAAAUAAAAAACUGAAUGAGAGCUUUAGUUGUAAAAGAUAUUUGGGAACAUUUGACAUGAACAAAAACGUUGGCCUAUUGUCUCCACCACUAUUCUUGAAUAAUCUAUUACUUUAUGCAUUCUAGAAAGACAACAACUCUCAAAUAUUUCGUUUACUGUAAUUUAAUUAAGUGUUAUAAAAUACAUUUUGUUUUUCUACAAACUUUUAUUGUUAUUGUGAUCUUUUAUGAUGUUUAACUAGUGUCCCAUCCAAGUUGGUAAUGAGAUGAGAGAAAUAUAGACCUGGACUAUAAUAUUGUACAAAUUGUGUGCACAGCAAGGCCUUUUAAUGUAAUAUGUGUUGAGACUUGGUAAUUCAUUAUUUUAGGAGAGGGAGAGAGCACUUUUAUUGCCUACAUCAGAUUAAAUAAAUGUAUGACUGACUUUUAUGGUGAGAGCAGCUGAAGAUUGCCUCUGUACUUAGCUCAGCUCAAUGCUUAUUGCAUUUGAAUAAUGAUGUGUAUGCUACUCCUUUAUUUGCUGGAUACCAUUUCAUUGUCUUUUAGCUUUUACAAAGUCCUUACCACUUACUGUCUGCAUAUAUUUGUAUAAAUUGUAUAUAUUUUCUGAAUUAGAUCCUAUAGUUUUUGUCUACUUGAUAAUGCAUCAUAGCAAAAGUAUUGUUGAUAUUUAAAGCUAUGGUGGCAGGCGACAAAUCUUUUAUGGCAAGCAACUGAAUAUAAAUACAAACAGAGUGCACAUGCAAAUAAUGAAUUCUAAUGGGCCCUAUAAUCGUUACAAUUUAAGUUGUAAUUGUGGAGGUUUACGCAUCUAUUUUCCUACCAUUAUUUAAAUUUGAUAUGUUUUUUGUGUGCAAAUUCCAGAAUAUAAUGCUUUUCUUUUGUAGUGUAGCUAUAAUUGAAGUUAUGUUAUUGUAAUGACAAGCACACUGUGAUGAUUCUUAAUAUGUAAAGUCAUGCCAUGUGGUGGAUUAUCUAAAGUGCUUUAUUAUGACAGGUUAGUGCUGUCGAUUAAUGAAGUAGUAAACUGUCAGAAUCAGCUUUCAAAAUUUGAACAAGCGUUUUUAUUAUUAACAAAUCGGUUAUAUAAAUAUUAGUCAAGCUCUACAUUUUUACAGUAAUGUGUCACUCACAGUCAUCGUCGGCACUGGUGAGCAGGAGCUGUUGUCGGGGCUCGUUGACAUGCAUUCCCCCUGAGCUCAGCGACGCCUCCCUCGGUGGUGUGGUGUCAGGAUGCCGGUGCAGGCGGCCCAGUGGACAGAGUUCCUGUCCUGUCCCAUCUGCUACAAUGAGUUUGACAGCAGCGGCCACCAGCCCAUCAGUCUGGGCUGCUCCCACACGGUGUGUAAGACCUGCCUACACAAACUGCACCGCAAGGCCUGCCCCUUCGAUCAGACGCCAAUCAGCACCGAUAUCGACCUGCUGCCAGUCAACUGUGCCCUGCUGCAGCUGGUUGGUGCUCAGGUCCCAGAUGUGCAGCCGGUGAGCCUGAGCAGUGCAGCAGAAGUUGAGAACUACGAGGUGUGCAAAGUGUGCGUGGAAGAGCUGGCUCUCUACCUAAAACCUAUCAGCGGAGCAAAAGAGCUGUCACCAUUUGCAGGUGUGGUGAAUCUGAGUCCGAGCGUGCUCAGCCGGCCAAUGCAGAGGAAGCUUGUGACCUUGGUGAACUGCCAGCUGGUGGAGGAGGAGGGCCGUGUGCGGGCAGUGCGGGCAGGCCGGUCACUGGGGGAACGAACCGUAACCGAGCUCAUCCUGCAACACCAGAACCCCCAACAGCUCUCUGCCAACCUCUGGGCAGCAGUGAGGGCGCGGGGCUGCCAGUUCCUGGGACCUGCUAUGCAAGAAGAUGCUCUGAAGCUAGUUUUACUGGCUCUGGAGGACGGCUCAGCUUUGUCCAGGAAGGUGUUGGUAUUGUUUGUAGUCCAAAAACUCGAGGCUCGGUUCCCCCAGGCCUCCAAAACCAGCAUAGGGCACGUGGUGCAGCUUCUCUACAGGGCUUCCUGCUUCAAGGUGACUAAGCGUGAUGAAGACUCCUCACUGAUGCAGCUGAAAGAAGAGUUUCGAACGUACGAGGCUCUCCGGAGAGAACAUGACGCUCAGAUCGUCCACAUCGCCAUGGAGGCGGGCCUACGAAUUUCACCUGAGCAGUGGUCUUCUCUGCUGUACGGAGACCUGGUCCACAAGUCACAUAUGCAGUCCAUUAUUGACAAGUUGCAGUCUCCAGAGUCGUUUGCAAAGAGCGUUCAGGAGCUGACGAUCGUUUUACAGAGGACGGGAGACCCAGCCAACCUCACCAGCCUUAGACCACACCUAGAGCUACUAGCCAACAUAGACCACAACCCAGAUGCCCCGGCACCAUCAUGGGAGGAGCUGGAAAGUGUGAUGCUGGCUGUAAAGUUGGUUGUUCAUGGACUAGUGGAAUUCAUACAGAACUUCAGCAAGAAGAGCCACGAUGCUCCCCAGCCUCAGGCCAACAGCAAGUACAAGACCAGCAUGUGCCGAGACCUUCGUCAGCAGGGAGGCUGUCCCAGAGGAACCAACUGUACAUUUGCACACACACAGGAUGAGCUGGAGAAAUUUAGACUGAGAAACAAGAAGAGCAGCAGCGUAGGCCGCGUAUUCCCAUUAGCACCUGGGGUUAUGGGUAAAACCUUCACCAUGGAUGGCAGCAUCCACUCAGAUGUGUCUGCAGGCAUGGGGCAGGGGCUCAAAGGCACAGGGGAGAACGCAGACUCCCUGACAGAGGGAAUGCCCGGCCUGACUCACCCCCAACUGAUCUCCAGAGGGGCUGACAUGAUGGAGGAAAUGAAUAGAGCGGUGCCAAAUGGAUCCAAUGAUGCUAAAGGGUCCAACGGGCUAACUACCAGAAACUCAUCAGGGUCCACUGAACAGAAGCCCAUCUCACCUCCCAGGACUCCAGUCAGCCACUCCUCAGCAUCGUCUCCUUUGACAACAGUUGGGCGGGGUGAUGGUGGCACUCUUAUGCCCAAACAUGGUCAGUUCGUGCUGCGUGCACCACAUCCUUCUCAGGCGUCAGAGCUGUACUAUCAGGAGCCCCACGCAUACGAGUCACCCCACUAUCAACCAACCUCAGGUUCCUACUACCAAUCUACUCUUCAUCCUCCUCACAAACCCUGCAUGGCUCGCUUUCUUCGAUCCACCAACGUCCCAGAAUCCUCUCUGCCGCCCUCGAUUGGCCCUCCAUCAUCUUCCUACCCCAGUGACCCUCAAGCGCCACACCCACCUUCCUCCUCUUCUUCGGGGUACCCGCCACACCCGCCUAGAGAUCGGAUGGGACCUACUGCCUUCCAUCACCACCCGGGGCAGCCUCAGUAUGGGCCUCUGGCUCCUGCUCAUGGUGUUUAUGCUCCCCUCUAUGACAGCAGGAGAGUAUGGAGGCCUCAGCUGUACCACAGAGAGGAUGCCAGGAGUAACUCACUGCCUCCAGAGGUGCUGCAUUCCUCUGUCUACCAGCCUCCACUCAGGGAGAGAUUCAACUCUCUAGACAGCAACUACUGCUCCGGAGCUGAACACCGCGCAGGGCUACACAGGGAUUAUGGCCGUGUUCCUCUCGGCUACGAGGAUCUGUUCAGAAGGAAGCAGGAACAGUGGGCUCAUCACCACCACCAUCACAACACCAACAGGCCCUCCCAGUCCUCCCCCAUCUUUACUAUCGAUUUUGGAACUGAGCGUGUGGAGAGCAGUGGAGGCCAGUGUGUGGGGUGCAGGUUCAGAGACGAGGAAAGUUUAGCGCACUACUCUCCGUGGUCCUGUGGUACCAUCGGUCCCUGCCUCGGCUCCUUUGAGCCUGAAACGCUUGCGCACACCUCGGCUCACUCCUGCUCAGAGCACUCGGAGUCGGACAGUAAUGAAGCUGGUGGUGGCGGAGGCGGUGGCAGUAGUAGUGGUGUCGGGAAGCGAUGGCUGCAAUCCUUGGAUCACUACCGGCGCUUGAAAGACGAGGACCCUAUCAUUCCCUUUAGUGAGGGGCCCAUUAUCUCCAAGUGGGGUGCCAUAUCCAGGGCAUCUCGCACGGGCUACCACACCACCGAACCUAUCCAAGCCACGGCUUGCCAGGGCAGCGCCAACACCACACCCAUCAACUUCAAAGAUUACAACCACCACUUAGAUCACAGUGACUACAGGUGGAGCUCCAGAGGAUCAGACUCUUCCAGCCACUCCAGUUUCCUAGAGAGUGAGCAGCUUUGUGCAUCAGAACAUCACUGCUGUCGAACCUCAAUAAGCAGUGGAGAGAAAAUCGUGUCUGAUCUGCAAGUUUGUCAGACCGCCUACAGCCGGGAUCGGGGCCAGGCCGAGAGCGAACCGGACCCAGAUCGAGACAUUGAGCUUGAACUGUGCGCUCUUGACUUGGAGGAUUCAGACCCCCAGGACAUCAAGUCUCCGGAGUCUUUAGACCUGGCCACCCCACAGUCUCAGGAUGCUUCCCAUCUCCGCCCACCACCCUGCUCCUCUCCCCUCCUCUCUUCUCCUGUGGAGGAGCAGCCCCAAACGGAGGGUUCUUCGACAGAAAAGAUGGAUGCUCACCUGCUUAAAAAGAUGGCCUUCAGGAAGUCUCUGUCUCCUGGAGGGUUAGUCUCAGGAGGUCUGGGUGUCGGCAAGCUUGUGCUGCGUACUGGACCUCCUCGACUGGGGGACACUUCCACCCGGGCUUGUCCUAAAAUGCCCGGGACAGAGAUGCUACUCAAUGGAAGCUAAAGGGACACAAAGUCAAACAAUGACCUGUGGCAAGCUAGAGCUGAGCCCACAACCAGAUCCUGGUUAAAGGGAAUACCAUUUCAUUUUAGCCUUUAUAUAUAUCAAUCAGAUGCCUAAAUAAAACUUGACAGAUAUGGGUCAACAGUCUGUGCUGCGCCACGUUGUAAGAGGCAAGGAAAAACACAUUGUCCUGCCUCCUGAGUGGAGAUUUUCACCAAUGUGUAGCUCCACAGAGAAUUUAGUGAUAUAUUACCGUUUAUGCCCAGUAAGGCACAUGUCCAGUUUGCCCUUAUAGUAGAUGCUGGACUUGCGUCCAUGUUAGCAGUUUCAAUCCGGGGUCACAUUUAGAAGAAAGGUUGGAGAUCUUACACCAUCUACACCACAUGAUUGCUCGUUUUACAUGACAUUACACUGCUGAGGUUUAAACAUCAUCUAGUUAGUAUUCAACAUGACUGACAGAGACACACUUAUGUUCGAUAGGUCUUUUUUCACAUCAUUUCACAUGGUCCAUCACACAGCAAAAGCCUAUACAGUAGGUGCCACUUUUCUAUGUUAAUAUUUUCCUUUAUUUAUUCUUCAUGUUUUAUAUGUAGUGUGAAUUGACAGCAGGGACUGAGAUUACAACGUUUCCUACCAAAUUCUGCCUUGCUCCCAGGACUGAGGUUUGGUAUCUGUGAUAGUAAAUAUUACAACAUCAAGUCAUUUGCUUUAUUAUUUUAAUAAAGUUAUACAUAUAAUUUACUGUAUGUAAUUGCUCUCUUGCUUUUGUCUGUUUCCUCCAAGACAGGCACUGGUUUAGAGACACUUAGCUAUCAAAAGGUACAUUAAACAAAACCUCAUGAAUAUCUGACAAUUACUUUUCAAGUUGUGCAAUCGCUUUACAUGUCGAGGCAUUUGUUUCCGUAAGCUGCCAUACAUGGUAAUGCCCUCAUCCAGCUCAGUGCUCAUGAUUUAGUCUAUAGCCUUUGUUGUAUUGCUACAUAACACAUUUUUUAUAAGUAUUCCCUGAAAAAUCAAGAGGUAGACGUAAUAAUACUGAGAAUAAAAAAUGGGCAGGGCACUCCAACCUGCAGAAAACAGGGGUCUUCAGUAUGCUGAUACUCAAAUAACCUCUAUCUUUUAUGAGUCAUUUGUUGACUUAAUUUCCUCGACUGUCAUGAGAUCACAGAACACAAUGACACAGUCAUAAACUGAAUGUGUUAAUGAUCAUUGAAAUCAGUGCAAGACAAAUACUCACUGGAUGUCAGAAGGGAUGACAACAAAACAAAGAUAUGUAUACAUGUUUCAGUCCAUACCAUACUAACUUUAUUAAAGGUGACUUGUACUGCAUAACUAAAGAAUACCAAUUACCAGGUGUGGGACAGAAAUAGUAUUUCCAGCUGCAGAUGGAGCUAAUUUAGUAGAUUUCUAUACGAGCCACAUCUAUCAAUCUUGAAAACUAUUGUUUCAUCUUUGUGUGCCUGUAGCAUUUAUCUCACUGCUCUCUCUCUCUCUCACACACACACACACACAAACACACACACACACACACACACACACAAACAAACAGUACAUGUGUGCUGUCAUUCACACACAGUCGACACAAACAUGCAAUACAGUGGCCUUUCUCUCCUUGGUGUUAUACAGACCUAAACAUUGGGCUCUACAGUGACUUUUGUCCAUGCCCACUGACAGACUCCUGUCAUGUUUCAGAGGUGUUAUCUUUCAUGUGAUCUCAGAAACUGGAAAUCCCAUUUUUGUAAGCUAAUGGCAUUUUCUGUGCUUUCCAGUCCGGUCACCUUUAUGUACAAUGUACAGUUAACAAUAUUCAUGCAUGAUGUUUCAAGCUGAAGCCUACAAAAGUGAGGGACACCACUUCUUGUGUUUUGUCACGCUGUAUCUCUGUUUAACUUUUUUUUUCUUUUUUUUUUUAAGUUUUGGUUUCUUUUAUUUGAUGCAUUGCUAACUUCUGUGAAGUUGUUUGUCGGGGUAUUUUGUAUCAGGAUCUUUGUUACUCUUGUUUUGUUUGCUAUAUUAUACAUCACAGUAAAUUGAUCGUCUUGUCUAAUGUUUUCCCUGUUUUCCGGCCAUCAGAUGUGCUGUCAUCAGUACGCUGUCUAGUUCACUGUAAUUUUGUGCAGUGUUGGCGAUUUCCAUACAGCCCAGCCUUGCCUCACUCCCUUUUAUACAGUAGAUAUGAGGCAUCUUGCCAUGUGUGGCUCUUAAUGACUUUAAUAAAUAACGUGAAAACAUUAACCAAUUAUACAGGAUUUAAAGUCAUGAGUUUGUUUACACCCUAUUCUAAAUCUUAUUAGAUUUGUGUAGAAUGAGAAAAAGAGGGCAGACUAAUAUUUUAUUCUUUCCAGCUUCCUCUUUCAUUUCCUCUCACCUAAAUUACUGUACCUUUUCAAAAAUAUUCCUCUCAGAUUAUAUAUCAUAUCUAAUUUUAGAGGAUGGCAGAAUGGCUGUACGUGUGAGGAUUACUUUAUUAACCCGAAUGAACAAUGAAAUAGUGGACUGGUAACCUUUUUGGGGUUUCUCUCUUAUCUUCCACCCAACAUAUGCUGGGAGAAGCAGGGAGACAAAGUGAAGAAUUGGACUGAACAAUUCAGUGUAACACUCUUUUGAAAACUGAAUUUCUGAGAUGAAAAGGCAAGAGCUGGCACAGGGAUUUUGCUGCUCCAAGUCAUGAAAUUAGCUCAGCUACCUACUGUCGCUCUACAUCUGUUUACAACUUCACCUUGGAAGUCAUGUAACGUUAAGUGCCAUGUUGUGUACAGUACAGUACAACCAAUUCCUGCAAUUUUCCUACAGUUUUUCAUAUUCUUCAACUGUAAACUAUUUGAGGAGGGAAAGGCUCAGUCGUGUUAAGGAGUGAGAUACUUCUCGUGUAGUUCUGCUUUGUUCCAUUAGAGGAGGCUAGAUCUGUCUGAAUUGCUCAGGGAAGACUUAAGUUGCUCAGCUACUUUGGCUUUUUCUAUAUUUAUCACUUAAAUAUUCUGUGGAAGUAUUUGCCUGGAUUUUACUUGCUGAUAACUGACCAUUUCACCCAAACUAUACAUUUGUCAGAGAUUAUAUUGUUUGCCAGUGUUUACUUUUGCCUCUCAAUAUCAAUAUUGGCUUUGCUAUUCCUGUUCCCAUUGGAAAGGGCUGGGCGCUACUGUAUGUAAAAACAAUAUUGUGAGUAUUGAACUAACGUCAAAGUGAUUCUCCCAGUUUCCUUUAAAGUGUCUAUAGAGCACUGCUGUAGUGGCUAAUUGCACUGCACUAAUUCCCACCCCGUCACUGCCAGCAGGUGCACUCUGCCACCCCACCACCACCCCAUCCUCCCUGCAUCCUGCGUCAUGCAUGCGAUAUAGUCCCUCUUGUGAUGGCGGAGGAGUAUUGAUGAUUCUGUAGUUGUGAUACAACACACCCAGCGCUGUAAGAGUUCUGCACAUGCCCACUGUGUGGCCACGUCAAGUGCUGAAGUUUGCUUGCAGCAUUUUACUUGUUUGCUCAUGAAAAUUAAUUCUGGUUUGAUAGAGAUUAUAUUAUUAUUAUUAUGACUAUUAUUGCUUUUACCACAUUUGGGUUGUUGUGGGAUUUUUCCUUCUUGGUAUAUCUCGGUAAGUCAGCUUCUUUGUUUUGAAUUUGAGAAUUUGCUGACAUUUUUUAUUAGACAAGAAAGUGUCUCAUUAUUCUAUAUUAUAUGGAAAAAAAGCCUGUUUGUUGAUUGUGAAACAUAUGAUGAUGAUGUUUUCUGACUAUUCAUGUCUGUAUUAGACAUUUUAUUUGCGAAUCUAUUGUUCGAUUGAAAUGUAAAUGAACUAUUAAGAGAUGGUACACAUCCGUCAUUGUAUACAGUCUGGCACCAUCAUUAGAUGGAUUUAUAGUAUAGAUGCUCAUUUAUACAACCUGUGAUAAUCAGAUAUAUUUAAAUGUUUAAGUCAUUGGGGCAGCUGUGUAAUGUUUCAGAAUGAGGAAAAUAAACUCCUUAGAGACAGCAUAUUGAAAAUGUCCCCAUAAUGAAUAAUACUGUUACGUAUUCCAUUUAUUUCCAUGGAAAUAUCACAUUGUGAAAGGUUUCCCUUUUACUGAUUGUAUGGUAAUGCAGGACUGAAAUAAGUCAAACCUAAGAUGAUAAUGAUUUAUGUGCUAUUCCUGAUUGAUGAAACGGUUUGAGUAUUGUUAGACUGACUGACUCUUCUGUGCAUUUUCUAGCUAAUUCAUCUGUAUUAGACUGACUGACUUACAGACAGCUUGGCCGAGCAGCUUACUGCUUCUGUGUUGCACUGAGAGAUGGAAUUAUGAAAAAGGCACAGGAAAUUGCAUGCCACAAUAAACCAACAACAAAUUAUG